UGCUAAUAGUGGAAUAUAAUCAACUAAAUAGCUUAAAUCUAAUAAUAAUUCCCCAUGGAGAUUAUAGAUCUUUAUUAACAAAGUAUUUUUAUGAAAAUGAAUAUGUCUAUUAUUUACAAAAUAUCGUUGAUGCUAAUUGGGUAUUUAAAGCAUUGCCCGUUUGUAAACGCUGCUAAUAAACUUGGUGAUAAUGAAACAGAGCAUUCUAGUGAUAGUGAAGAUAAUUUUGAGGUAACUCAAAAAAAUAUAAUCGGAUCUGAACCCGCUUACUCCGUUAGAUCAGACCAACAAGAUAAUUCAGAUACUAUGGCUAAACCAGUCAGAUCUUCAGAUCCUAGCGAACAAACUACAAAGAUGGAAUAUGAUCCAAAAUUAAUUUAUCCAUCGGAAUUAAAUAUUAAAACUAAAAUGGGUGAACAUCAGUUUGACUAUUUUCUUGAAAACAAAAAUCUGGGUAUUUACAAAGCAAAGGAUGGAUAUGGAUUUAACAAAGUAAAACAAAACAAUAUUGAAAUUUGGAGCACAACGUUUAAUUCACAACUUGCCUCAACAGUGUUAGUUCAUGGAGUUGGCUCCCCUAAAAAGGUAGUUACUGUAUUUACCUUUAAUAGAGAAGCGUUUGUAUUUAAAAAAUCUGGUAAAAAUAAACCAUGGGAAAGAAUUGAACUUAAUGUUUUCGGUAAAUUGACAGUGGAAGAUGAGUUUCCAUUUAUCAAUGAAGAAAUUGUUGAUGAAAAUGGUAUUAAUGUAGGACGUGAUGAAAAAUAUAAUAAAUCGAAAAUCAAAAUCUUAGUUGAAGAUCCUUCAGAUCCAACCAAUUCCAAAGAAGUAGACCCUAGCAAAGUUAAAGUUAAGAAAUAUUCAUACGGACAAUAUCUACAUGAAAUUGAUGAUGACGUUAAUUGUAUUGAGAUACAAAUAGCUGGGUUAAGCUCGUGGAAAUAUAAAGUUGGAGAUGAAAAACUAAGAAAAUUCAGAUAUCUAAGCGCAUCUAAUAUCUUCAUAUUAACAUACGAAACCUGUUUAGUAGAAUGUUUCAAAGUUCAAUCUGGUGUUUAUAGACAAGUCAAGUAUCCCAUUCCUCCUAUAACACUAUUUGGAAAAGAUGAAUCUGGUAACCUUUUUCAACUCAAUGAUGAGCAAUAUAGACUUGGAUUAUGUAGAUUUAACAAUAUCGAAUAUAUAUUUAGCACAGGCAUAAAAUGUGUAGAAGUAAGAUAUAACAAUGAGCUUGUUUGGAGGCAGGAACCUGGUUUACCUUAUGCCACAGAAAUCAGGUGUUUGCAAGGACAGCGAAUCGAAAUUAUGUUUGGAACAAGAGGUUAUAUAUACAAAAGAUCACCAGAAGUAAGAUGGUUUACAGAUUAUCACAUAGUUCCAGAAGUUAAAACUGGGCCGAUAGUACCUUCAUAUAGGGAGCUAAUGUAAUCAUAGGAACUUUGAAAAUAGUAUAUCAGCGCCAUUUUAAUAAUAUAUAGUAAAUGUUUAGUUAAUUAGUAAAGUCUCCAAUUAAUGUAAUUUAAGAUUUUA